AUCUCCUUCUCUGAUCUCAUAAAGGUGUCGCGCAGGUUCCGCCCGGGCUCGUCAUCAGCCGCCCCGGGCCUGGCGCCGCCGCCGCCGGCCUCCUCCGCGCCGCCGUUCCCUUCCCCUCCCCUCCAUCCCUCCCCGCCCUCCCGCCGGGCUGCGCUCCCUCCCCGGCUCAUCGGCUGCCCUGCCCGCCCUUCCUCCUCUUCCUUCUCCCCCUUCUGCCCGCCCCGGUCCCUUUCUCCCGCCGGCCGGGCCCCGGAGCGCCGGCGCCCUCGGGGUGUGAGCGGGUCCCGCGCCGUGCCGGGCCGUCCCCUGGCCGGCGGGGCCAUGGCCGCCAGCGCCAAGCGGAAGCAGGAGGAGAAGCACCUGAAGCUGCUGCGGGAGAUGAGCAGCCUGCCGCCCAACCGCAAGUGCUUCGACUGCGAUCAGCGCGGCCCCACCUACACCGACAUGACGGUGGGCAGCUUCGUGUGCACCUCCUGCUCCGGCAUCCUACGGGGCUUGAAUCCUCCCCACAGAGUGAAGUCAAUUUCAAUGACUACUUUCACACAACAGGAAAUAGAAUUUCUGCAGAAACACGGAAAUGAAGUAUGCAAACAGAUUUGGCUAGGACUAUUUGAUGAUAGAUCAUCAGCAAUUCCAGACUUCAGAGAUCCACAGAAAGUAAAGGAAUUUCUACAGGAAAAAUAUGAGAAGAAAAGAUGGUAUGUUCCUCCAGAGCAAGCAAAGGUGGUGGCGUCAGUCCACGCGUCCAUAUCGGGGUCUUCUGCUAGUAGUACAAGCAGCACACCUGAGGUGAAGCCCCUCAAAUCUCUCCUGGGAGAAGCUGCACCUGCACUGCACUUAAACAAGGGCACACCUAGCCAAUCUCCUGUUGUAGUUCGAUCUCAAGGACAGCAGCAACAAGAAAAGAAACAAUUUGACCUCCUCAGUGACCUUGGCUCAGAUAUCUUUGCUGCUCCUGCUCCUCAGUCAACUGCAACAGCAAAUUUUGCUAAUUUUGCACACUUCAACAGUCAUACAGCGCAGAACUCUGCAAAUGCAGGUUUUGCAAACUUUGAUGCAUUUGGACAGUCUAGUGGCUCGAGUAGUUUUGGAGGUUUCCCCACAGCAAGUCAGUCUUCUUUUCAGCCCCAAAAUACAGCGUUCAGAACGCUUUCAUCUAGCUGCAGUUUUGGUGAAUUUACUUCAGCUUUUCCUCUUCAGGCUGUACACAGUGGAAGUGCUGGAUCAGUGAAUGCUAACUUUGCUCACUUUGAUAACUUCCCCAAAUCCUCCAGUGCUGACUUUGGAGCCUUCAAUGCUUCUCAGAGCAACGCAACAGCAACUGGAGCCAGUAAAGCUGCAGUGAAUAAACCAAAUCUUCAGUCAGCAGACAAAUAUGCGGCUCUGGCUAAUUUAGAUAAUAUCUUCAGUGCAGGGCAAGGUGGUAGUGAGCAAGGAAGUGGCUUCAGUACAGUAGUGUCAGCAUCAGGAGGUCCUGCUUUGUCAGCCCCAAAUCAGUCAAGUGCAUCUUCAGACAAGUAUGCAGCUCUAGCAGAAUUAGACAGCGUGUUCAGCUCCACAGCAACCUCUAGUAAUGCAUAUACUUCCACCAGUAAUGUCAGCAGUAAUGCUUUUGGAACAGUACCUGUGGCUGCUACUGCACAGACACAACCUGCAUCUUCAAGCGUGCCUGCUCCAUUUGGAGCAACACCUUCCACAAAUCCAUUUGUAGCUGCCCCUGUUGCCCCAGUGGCACCUUCAACAAAUCCAUUCCAGACCAAUAGCCGAGGAACAACAGCAGCAACAUUUGGUACUGCAUCCAUGAGCAUGCCUGCAGGAUUUGGAACUCCUGCCUCCUAUAGUCUUCCUACUAGUUUUAGUGGCAACUUCCAGCAGCCCACAUUCCCGACCCAGGCAGCUUUCCCCCAACAGACUGCUUUUGGUCAGCAGCCAAAUGGAGCAGGUUUUGCUGCAUUUGGACAGGCAAAGCCUGUAGUAACUCCUUUUGGACAAGUUGCAGCUGUUGGAGUAUCUAGUAACCCUUUUAUGGCUGGUGCACCAACAGGACAAUUCCCAACAGGAAGCUCAUCAACCAACCCUUUCUUAUAGCCUUAUAGACACUUUACCC